AUGGUGCCAACCCAUUCCCUCAUAUCUAUUAAUGGUUCAAGUGUAGCAGACACAUCUACUAAUGGUCCAUGUGUGGCAGACACAUCUACUAAUGGUCCAAGUGUAGCAGACACAUCUACUAAUGGUCCAAGUGUAGCAGACACAUCUACUAAUGGUCCAUGUGUGGCAGACACAUCUACUAAUGGUCCAAGUGUAGCAGACACAUCUACUAAUGGUCCAAGUGUAGCAGACACAUCUACUAAUGGUCCAUGUGUGGCAGACACAUCUACUAAUGGUCCAUGUGUGGCAGACACAUCUACUAAUGGUCCAUGUGUGGCAGACACAUCUACUAAUGGUCCAAGUGUAGCAGACACAUCUACUAAUGGUCCAAGUGUAGCAGACACAUCUACUAAUGGUCCAAGUGUAGCAGACACAUCUACUAAUGGUCCAUGUGUGGCAGACACAUCUACUAAUGAUCCAUGUGUAGCAGACACAUCUGCUAAUGGUCCAUGUGUGGCAGACACAUCUACUAAUGGUCCAUGUGUGGCAGACACAUCUACUAAUGGUCCAAGUGUAGCAGACACAUCUACUAAUGGUCCAAGUGUAGCAGACACAUCUACUAAUGGUCCAAGUGUAGCAGACACAUCUACUAAUGGUCCAAGUGUAGCAGACACAUCUACUAAUGGUCCAUGUGUGGCAGACACAUCUACUAAUGAUCCAUGUGUAGCAGACACAUCUACUAAUGGUCCAUGUGUGGCAGACACAUCUACUAAUGGUCCAUGUGUGGCAGACACAUCUACUAAUGGUCCAUGUGUGGCAGACACAUCUACUAAUGGUCCAUGUGUGGCAGACACAUCUACUAAUGGUCCAUGUGUGGCAGACACAUCUACUAAUGGUCCAUGUGUGGCAGACACAUCUACUAAUGGUCCAUGUGUGGCAGACACAUCUACUAAUGGUUCAUGUGUGGCAGACACAUCUACUAAUGGUCCAUGUGUGGCAGACACAUCUACUAAUGGUCCAUGUGUGGCAGACACAUCUACUAAUGGUCCAUGUGUAGCAGACACAUUUACUAAUGGCCCAUGUGUGGCAGACACAUCUACUAAUGGUCCAUGUGUGGCAGACACAUCUACUAAUGGUCCAUGUGUGGCAGACACAUUUACUAAUGGUCCAUGUGUGUGCACAUCUACUUCUAAGUAG